AUGGCGUUGGGAUUGCUGGUAUUUGCCUUAAUUGUUGGAUGGGAACUGACAUUACUAUUUUUGAGUAUGUCACCACUAGUCAUUAUUAUAGUAGUUGUUACGGGGAUUGUAGUCGCCCGCUAUACAGAGAAAGAAUUACUAGUGUACAGUAAUGCUGGGCACAUUGCACACGAAGCGUUAUCAGCAAUAAGAACAUUAUAUGAAGAGAGUUUAAUACAAGUGAAGCGCAUCGGGGUCAAAAAAGGUGUCUAUAUUGCAUUAUGUACGGCAUUAUCAAAUUUCGCUUUCUAUCCAGCGUUGGCGAUUACGUAUUGGUAUGGUCCACAUUAUUUUUUCAACGCGGGUAACCAGCAGUCACAUCUGUCUAAAUCGCGUGUUGAAAAUGACAAUUCUGCUUCUUUCGACGGGAGUUUGGAAUUUCGAAAUGUUCAUUUCCGAUAUCCGUCACGAAAGGAAAAACAAAUAUUGGAAAACCUAGAUCUAAAAGUUCAAAGUGGUCAAUCGGUGGCGUUUGUCGGUCAUAGUGGCUGUGGAAAUGAAAUUGAUGCUCGUACAGUGAAUAUUGAUGCGUACAGGAAACAAUUUGGUCUUGUUCAACAAGAGGCAGUUUUGUUUGAUAUGUCAAUCGAAGAAAACAUUCGGCUAGGAAAAUUAGAUGCUACAGACAACGAAGUGGUGCAAGCAGCAAUCUUAGCAAAUGCACAUGAUUUCAUUAUGGAGUUAAAGGAUGUACGAGCUCUUUAA